CGUCAUUAACGCGUAAUCAACCACCACGAACCGCAAGAUAAUGGAAGGAGGAGAUGAAAUCGAAAGUGCAUUUUAUUAAGUGGAGAUGUCCCUGAAAAAAAGCUUAUAGCAGCUUUAUCCUGGAAAGAGAUCACCUUUGUUUUGGGUAUCAACAAAAAACAACAACAUGGAAAAACAUUUUACCCACAAGGGGUCUCAUAAUUCAACUAUUGGUGCCAUGUUUACAUUGACUGAUGUUGGAGUUGAAAUGCCAUGGUCAGUUUUAUCUCAUUUUAAUAUUGUGGAGUAUCUUAAAUCGGAGAAUAUAAUUGUUGUGGAGAACAAGGAUAAUACUGAUGACGCACGCAUUAUUAGUACAAAAGAAAAGAAUGAUUUAAAAAAAAUUAUCAAAAAAUUUGUGACAAACAAUAUUUACUCAAAACCAGUACAGUUCCAAAGUACUUUAGCCUUCAAGUUAUUGCUUGUAAAUGAUACCGGUAAAUUAAACCAAAAUGUUAUGGUCUUCUUGCAACAUUUAUGUGGAGAAUCUGUUUUGUUGUAUGUUGACAUUAAAUCACAAAUGUGUUAUUUAUAUAGCAAUGUCAUAAAUGAUUUGCUAAAUUUACCACAAACAAUAGAGUGUGCAAUUGUUGAAAUGGUCUAUACACAGUCAGAAAUUGAAUAUAUCCAUGCAUACAUUGAAAAAUGGUAUAAUGUUGCCAAGCUGAUUCCAUGUUGCACAAGUGGUUUUACAACAAAAUUUGUAGCAACCCAUGAUGUCCUUGAUGAUCUGGACAGAAAUGCAAUCUAUAUGCAUUGUGUACAGGUCAGUUUGAAUGAAACUGAAUUACUGGUGAAAUGUCACGAACUUGAUACUCACUUGAUUGACCUUUCAAAGGCACUUUCUGUUACUGUGGUUAGCCUUGAAAAACAGGCAAAACUUCUGAGUUUGAAGGGGACAAAGAAAAGUGUAAGAGAACUGAUGUCCACAUGGAGAAAUAUGUACAUACAGCUAGAAACAUUGUUUAAUGUACCUGUGUCAAAAGUUCAUUUUAUAAAUAAUGAAUUACAAAAAGUAAGUGAUGGAAAUUUGUUUUCUGUGGACAUAACAGUGAAUGCACCAAAUAAAGAGGCUGAUGUUGGUGGGAAAGUGAUUGCUAGCUGGCUAAAUUCUGAGGGACGCGGUAUAUAUUUAGUCAAAGGUGAUCUGUUGGCAUUACAUGUUGACACCAUAAUUAUUUUGACAACAAACGUCCUAUUCCCGCUGUUUGAAGCAAAAGGAUUUCGAAAUGAUUCACAGCUAUCCAUAAAAGACACUAAAUUUCCAAUUGGACAUGUAUUCUUUUCUGGAAACACACCCGAACGAUGUCUUGUUGUUGUACAAAACGCCAGUAAACGAAGGGAUGAUGCAACGUGGGAUGAUCAGCUUAGAAGUUGUUUUAGAAAUGCCUUUCAAAAAAUUGCAGAGAAGGGUCUUUCCAAAGUUGCUAUUCAUGCAUCUGUCAUUGAUGAAACAAAUGUUCCAUAUUUUCUUAAAGCGUUUGUUGAGACCUCUGUUCAAUGGAACUUUGUGUCCUACAUUUGCUGCCAAAGUUUUGAAGAAAUAGUACCCACUCACAACGUCAUUCAACAGAGCCUUCUUCUUGGUCAACACAACCUUAGAAGAAAUCUUCGUUUUGACAACGUGCAAGGAUUCCGUAAGAUUGCUGUAGAAAUUAGAGAAGGUUCGAUUGUUGAGCAAGAGGCUGACGUUCUUGUAAACACAGUAGACAAGUCCCUUGACCUUCAAAAUGGCCAGUUGUCAAAGUUAUUUUAUGAAAAGGCUGGCAAAGAAAUCGAAGAUGAGUGCAAACAAUUUCAUCCAAAAGGUUUGCAAUUCGGGCAGUGUGCAGUCACUAGUGCUGGUCUGUUGAAAAAGAAUGGAGUUCAUCAAAUAUUACAUUGUGCUUUGCCAGAUUACAACAAAACACAAUUUGAACAGGACAUCAGACAAAUGGUAAAACUUUGUCUACUGAAUGCAGACUUAAAAGCAUCCAAAUCAAUUGCAUUUCCAUCACUUGGAAUGGGGACUCUGGGCUAUCCAAUUUCUGAGACACAGUAUGCGAUGCUUCAAGCUGUCGAGGAGUACCAAUUUGAGGCAGUCUCUUCAAAUAUAGAAACUGUUAUCUUUGUUGUUUUCGAAAAAAAUAAGGAACAAGAAAAUAAAAAUUAUGAGCGAUUUCUAAAAAAUAGAUCUGCAUUAUUUCCUGAACACAACAUGAAAAGGAAACGUGAGCUGCUAACUGUUGGUUUUCAUAAGAUUGCGGUCAAAAUUAGGAAAGGCUCAAUUGUUGAGCAGCAGGUUGAUGUGCUUGUCAACACAGUAGACACUUCACUUGACCUUAACAAAGGUCAGGUGUCCAAGCUUAUUUAUGAACAUUGUGGUAAGAGAAUACAGGAUGAGUGCCAUAAAUCAUGCCCAAACGGGCUACCACAGAGGAAUUGUACAGUUACCAGCGCCGGAGACUUGGCAAAGAUUGGUGUUAAAAGAAUUGUGCAUUGUGUGUUGCCAGUUUUCAACAAAACGGUAUUUGAAAAGGAUGUGAAAGACUUAGUAAAACUGUGCUUAAUGCAUGCCAAUAAGCAAUCAUGCAAGUCAAUUGCUUUUCCAUCUAUUGGUAUGGGAAAACUUGGAUAUCCAGUCCUUGAGACAAAAUAUGCCAUGCUACAGGCUGUCGAGGAGUAUCAGUAUGAGGCUCUAUUUUCUACUCUUGAAACAGUUGUCUUUGUUGUCCUUGAAGACGACAUGUAUGAGCAGUAUCUUAGAAUACAAGGUGAUGGGUUUCAACCAAAGAAUAAGAGUGUUCUCGAUGUUGGAUUUCCAGGCAUAAGCAGAGUGAUUGACACAGUCAAAAUACAUGUCACUUCAAGUUUGGUUAAAAAUUGUUUGCCAGUCUCAGCAAUCAUAUUUAAUGUGACAGUGGAUGAUAACGUUGGAGAAGUGGAUGUUUGCCUGGCAAGGGGACAUAUUGUUCUACUGUCAUCACCAACUCACAUCACAGUCAAACAUGCAAUUGAAAUGUGUAUCGAAGCCAAAGUUAUGGAUGUUGUAUUCUGCAUUUGCAAAGGAACAGAUGACACUGUUGGAAGCAUUUUGUCAGCAGUUGAGACAUCAAAUAAGAAAGGACAUGUACGCACAGUGUACAUACUUUUGACGGAACAAGAACUGUUAGAGAAAGCACAGAAUAAUUAUUAUGCAUGGUAUCCAUUGUUAACUGCUUGGACAAAAACAAAAGAUGAGAAUCUCCAGUGUUCAAUGAGGGUGAUGGCAUUAAAAGAAGAAGCAGAUGACGUUUUCACAAAAUGUCAACAGAUAUUGUCACCAAAGGAGAGCAAACAAGAUACAGGUUUUCUUGCGUGUAGACAUGUAUCGGAUUAUGAGGUUUCGUCUGAGAUGGUGGAGGAUCCUGAGAAACAUAGUUUUCUUGCGUGUAGACAUGUAUCGGAUUAUGAGGUUUCGUCUGAGAUGGUGGAGGAUCCUGAGAAACAUAGUGAAACACAACAUCAUCAAACUCAGCCAGUACCUGAUAUGGUGGAAAUACUUGAUAGUGAAGAUGAGGAACUUCAGAUUGCUUUGAUAGAGAGCCUUGAAAGCUCUGAAGCCAUUGUAAAUCUACCAGAUAUUCAAACUGAUCUUGACCCUGAAGACAAUCUGCAAAGUGUCCUUAAGGCAUUCCAGGUUGGGACAGUUGAUAAAGAAUCUGUAACAAAACUGCUGGUCAUGCGCAGUGAUGUUUUAAAUACGGCAUUGAAAGGCUUGAACAGAAAGAAAAUAAACUUCAAAUCAUCUCUCUAUGUCAAGUUUUCUGGAGAGAUAGGAGAAGAUCAGGGAGGUCCAAGGAGAGAGUUUUUUAGAUUAGCACUGAAGGCCUUGCAGGACUCUGGGUUCUUUGAGGGACCAGAAACUACUAAAAUCUUCUCUCACAACAUUUCAUUGUUGGACACGGACCAGUAUAGGGUUAUUGGAAGAUUAGUGGCAUUGUCUCUGGUUCAUGGUGGGCCUGGCAUCCAUUUCCUUCACCCUGACCUGUACAACCUAAUGGUUGGCAAACCAUCAAAGAUGGAAGACCUUGAAGAACUGCUACCUGCAACCACAUGUGACAUGUUACAACAGUUGAGAGAUGCUGAUGAUGAGGAUAAAAAGGACCAGUUCCUCUCAAGAUAUGCUGAUCAUCUCUUAGAUCUUGGCAUUCCCAACGUAAACCAUUUAGUAAGGCAUGAAAAGGCCAAUUUAAUUCAAAUCAUCAAGAAGCAAUACAUUUACUACAGGAUAUCAGGAGAAAUAUCUCAAUUUACUACCGGAAUGAAUGAUGUCAACCUUGCAUGGGACAUGGUCAAAUCACACGCAGAGUUAUUCGAGCCUUUGUUUUGCUUUCAUCCAAAAGAGAUCACAGGUGAAGAAAUGAUACGAUUGUUCAAAAUGAACUACAGUUUGGUGGGGUCCAAUGACAGGGCCCUUGAAGAUGUUUCAGUAUAUGGCUGGGAGGCGUUUCUACAGUCUAUUGAAGCUGGUGACAUUGAUGUAACAUUAUCAGAAGUUAUUGCCUUUGUGACGGGGGCUGACUGUUUCCCACCUUGUGGAUUUUCGAAGUUGAUAGAUGUGGACUUCUACACUUGUGGAGACAGACUUCCAUCUGCUUCAACUUGUGCUCUCCAGCUGUGGUUACCAAGAGUCAAUAACCCUGAUAUGAUUUCCAAACUUAUGUACAGGGCUUUAAAAGAAUCAUAUGGUUUUAUGAAAAGUUAGGUUAUAUGGUUUAGUUUGGUGGAUGUACAUUUUUGUAUUGUAAAGGAAGUAACAUGUAGGUAGAAAAAUAGUUAAUGUGUUUCCUGACUGUUUAAAAUAAGUUAUUUUACCAGAUUGAAUACUGGUAUAUAAGAGACUUUGCUUUAAAUAGAUGUCCUUGAGGGUGUACAAUUACACUGUGCUUAAAUGUUGCGAUAUACAAUUGGAGAAAACAUGCUUAGGCACAGCACUUCAAUUUACAUUUUGAACUCACUUAAAACUGUGCUCUUCACGUUUUAUUUUUCGAGCACAUUUCAAUUCUGAGGCUUACCGGUAGUUUAAUCAUGCAUGUUUUCUUUGAAGUAACAGAAACAAUACAAGUAAUAACAUGAUCUAGUGUGUUGAUUACGUGUAAGGUUUUCUUGAUGUGGGUGUAUGCUCUAGGGACAUUUGAAAUCCUGGCAUGUGUGGCUCCAAAAGAGAUUGAUAAUAACUAAAUACUGUAUGUAUUGUAUAUGAUAUGAGCUGCAUCAUGCUAAAAUCAGUCUUAUGCCAAAUGCAACCAGCAUAAUUCCAGCAACCCUGUCUGCAUAUGAGACCAUGCAUUCUAGUGUGACUUUAUAGCAGUCUGGGUAGCUCCUUUGCAGACUGCGCAAAUGAGCAGGCUGGUCUAAAUCUAUGCUGGCCGCAUAUGGCAUAAGACCAAGUUGUGCAUGAUACUGGUCAUAAAUGUUCCCGGCAACCAUGUGCUAUUCUGUAGGAGGGUCUGACUGUGAUUUUGUUGUGAUGACUUGUGACUGUGAUUGGUCUUGUUUGUAUGUUAUAACUGGCAUUGUUUCCAACCCACACAGUGGUUAUUUAUUACAGAAUAUGUGCGAAUCGUA